UGGACCGGCUCGUGCCUACCCGAUCGGAGGUCUCUGCUACUAUAUGUCGCCACCGGAGAACUAGUCGCAUAUCGCAACCGAUCCGAUUCACGCCGUGCUUUACAUCGUCUUUAUGCUGGGCAGUUGUGCAUUCUUCUCCAAGAUGUGGAUCGACGUUUCCGGCAGUUCGGCCAAGGAUGUCGCCAAGCAGCUGAAGGAACAGCAGAUGAUUAUGCGUGGUCAUCGGGAGAAUUCGAUGAUCCACGAGUUGAAUCGGUACAUUCCGACGGCGGCUGCGUUUGGUGGGUUGUGUAUCGGAGCGUUGUCGGUGAUUGCGGAUUUUAUGGGUGCGAUUGGAUCCGGAACCGGUAUUCUGCUGGCCGUGACUAUCAUCUAUCAGUACUUUGAGAUUUUCGUUAAGAAGCAGAGUGAAAUGGGCGGUAUGGGAACGAUGUUGUUCUAGAUAGGUUCGGCAAUUGUUUGCCAGUUAGGAAUCGUACUCAUCCAGUUAGUUUCGUGUGUAAUUUUUUUUACUUCGAGCGAA